UUCUCCUUCACAUUUUGACAGUUCAUCACACGUAUAAAUAUCGUCGUGUGUCCUUUACAAAUCUCUACACACGAAAAGUUAGUUAAAAAAAAAACAUGGAGAAACAGAACAUUAUCACUUCUUCUUCUUCUUCUUCAACUCAAUCUUCUUGGAUUCGUGGUUCUUGUGUCGGACGAGGAUGCUUUGGUACAGUAAGCAAAGCUUUGAGUAAAACCGACGGUGGAGUAUUCGCCGUGAAGUCAGUAGAUCUCGCCACGUGUCUUUCUGCUCAAGCCGAGUCGUUAGAGAACGAAAUCUUUAUCCUCCGGUGUCUCAAGUCUCACCCGAACGUAGUGAGGUUCUUAGGCGAUGACGUGUCUAAAGAAGGAACGACGACGUUUAGAAAUCUUCAUUUAGAGUAUUCGCCGGAAGGUGACGUGGCUGACGGUGGAAUCGUAAGCGAAACGCUCCUCCGACGUUACGUUCGGUGUCUCGUCUCUGCUUUGAGCCACGUUCAUUCUAACGGAAUUGUUCAUUGCGACGUUAAAUCUAAGAACGUUCUUGUCUUUAACGGCGGAAGCUCCGUUAAGCUAGCGGACUUUGGAUCGGCGGUUGAGUUGGAAAAAUCUACGGUUCAGGUUGCGCCACGUGGAAGUCCGCUUUGGAUGGCUCCGGAGGUGAUCAGACGUGAGUACCAAGGACCGGAGAGUGACGUGUGGUCUUUAGGGUGUACGGUCAUCGAGAUGCUCACCGGGAAACCAGCUUGGGAAGACCAAGGUUUCGACUCGCUGAGUCGGAUCGGGUAUUCCAACGAGUUGCCUUUUAUUCCGGCGGGGUUAUCGGAGCUCGGGAGAGACUUUUUGGAGAAAUGCUUGAAACGUGAUCGGAGUCAGCGGUGGAGCUGUGAUCAGCUUUUAGAGCAUCCGUUUCUGUUUCAAGAUCGUCACGACUCGUUCUUGACUGAGUCUUCUCCGCGUUGUGUGCUUGAUUGGGUCAACUCUGAGUUCGACGAAGAAGUAGAAGAAGAAGAGAGCAACGAGUCGACUCUUGACUCCAUGGUUUCGGGAAUGGCAAGGAUACGUAAAUUAGCGUCGACCGGAGGGGCAACUUGGGAAUCUAACGGUUGGGUUGAGGUUAGAGUCAGAGACGACGCUUCCGAAGAGUCAGUGGCACAAGAGGAAUAUUUUAUUUCAACAAGGGUAGAAUCGGAAUUUAACACGUCAUCGAGCGAUGAUGACGUAAGACAGCCGGAGAAUGAAGAGUCGGCGACGGAGUUGGCGUCGGCAAUGACGUGUGAAGUAGUAUUGUUGUUGAUAUUGGUGGUAGAGAAUAUUCAGAUAUAUGCCACGUUUUACACCAGUAGUAUUAUAACAUAUUGGUGGUGGUGUUGUUGUUGUUAUUAUCAUUAUCAAAAUAAUAAUAAGAAGAAGAAUAAAUUUGCGAAAUCUACAUCUUUCAUUCUCAGCCUUAACUUUUUGUUUGGUAUAUUAUUGCAUGUGAUUCGGAUCGGUCUAUCUGUUAUCAUAAAACUCUUUUACGUGGUGUGAUGAUAUAUGUAUGUAGUGUGUCCUUUAACU